AUGCCCUCUGGCGGCAUUCUUGUGGCGAACUUUACCCGCUUUCCCCCAGGAGCGGCCGUUGCUCGCUUUCUGCAGCAGCAUGCGGUGCGACGCCGUUUACAUGUGCUGCCUGAGUGGAGGCUGUGCUUAUGCUCUUUCUCUGUUUUUUGGGGGAUUUCAGCAGAGUUAAGAGAGGCAGUCGGUUCCCGCUCUGCUGCACCCGCGCCUGUGGCGGCUCCCCCCAGCCCUCCCCCCAUGGCUAGCAGCGGCGGCGGCGGUGGCUUCAUGUCGAACAUGGUUGGAAAUGUUGCAAGCGGAAUGGCUUCGGGUGUUGGGUUUGGUGUUGCUCAACGCGCGGUCGAUGCGGUGAUGGGGCCUCGUUCUAUGGAGGUGGUGCAUACCAACAGCAGCGCCCCUGUCACUGCUCCUCAGCCACAGAUGAUGCAGCAGAACAUUCAGCAGAACCCGUGCGCACAGUACCAGGAGGACCUUAACCAGUGCAUGACACGCCACACCGACAUCACCCUCUGCCAGAACUAUUUGGAUAACCUAAAGGCCUGCCAGAUGAACAUGAACAGGAGUUAA